CGUCCUGAUGCUCUCUCUUCCCUCUCCAGGUGGGCAUGACGGCUCCUGGGACCCGGCGGCACAUCUAUGACACCAAGCUGGGGACCGACAAGUGUGACAAUUCCUCCAUGUCUCUGCAGAUGGGCUACACACAGGGUGCCAACCAGAGCGGCCAGGUCUUUGGCCUGGGCCGGCAGAUAUACGACCCCAAGUACUGCCCACAAGGCCCAAUGGCUGACGGGGCUCCAGGGUCAGUUGGCGACUGCCCAAGCCCAGGGAAGGCCCCGGAGUACCCUCCGUACUACCAAGAGGAGGCGGGCUACUGAGGCCCCAUCCUUGCAGAGUGUCUCCUCACGCCAUCGUCCCAUCGGGAAUUUGGGGGUUUUCUACGUUUUCAUCUUGUUUUUCUAUGUGUUUAAGUUGAGGGUCUGUGAAAGCCAGAUCCAAAUGCAUAUAGGGUGGGGGUCCCUGCUAGGGCACACCCAGGUAGCAAAUUUCCCAGCAGGCUUA